UAAGGCGGCGGCGGCGGCGGCGAGCGGGGGUCCGGGCGGCAGCGGCGGCGGCGGCGGGCCGAGGACCCGGGCGCGAUGGAGCGGAAGAGGUGGGAGUGCCCGGCGCUCCCGCAGGGCUGGGAAAGGGAAGAAGUGCCCAGAAGGUCGGGGCUGUCGGCCGGCCACAGGGAUGUCUUUUACUAUAGCCCAAGCGGGAAGAAGUUCCGAAGCAAGCCUCAGCUGGCACGCUACCUGGGCGGCUCCAUGGACUUGAGCACCUUUGACUUCCGCACGGGCAAGAUGCUAAUGAGCAAGGUGAACAAGGGCCGGCAGCGGGUGCGCUACGACUCCCCGAGCCAGGUCAAGGGCAAGCCUGACCUGAACACAGCCCUCCCAGUCAGGCAAACAGCAUCCAUCUUCAAGCAGCCAGUGACCAAGAUCACCAACCACCCCAGCAACAAGGUGAAGAGCGACCCCCAGAAGGCUGUGGAACAGCCCCGGCAGCUUUUCUGGGAGAAGAAGCUGAGCGGCCUGAAUGCCUUUGACAUCGCAGAGGAGCUGGUGAAGACCAUGGACCUCCCCAAGGGUCUGCAAGGAGUGGGUCCCGGCUGCACAGACGAGACACUGCUGUCGGCCAUCGCCAGUGCCCUGCACACCAGCACCACGCCCAUCACCGGGCAGCUCUCGGCCGCUGUGGAGAAGAACCCUGGGGUGUGGCUCAACACGGCCCAGCCGCUGUGCAAGGCCUUUAUGGUGACUGAUGAGGACAUCAGGAAGCAGGAAGAGCUGGUGCAGCAAGUCCGCAAGCGGCUGGAGGAGGCGCUGAUGGCCGACAUGCUGGCCCACGUGGAGGAGCUGGCCCGGGACGGUGAGGCACCGUUGGACAGGGCGGGUGCUGAUGAGGAGGAAGACGAGGACGAGGAGGAGGAGGAGCCCGACCAGGACCCAGAAAUGGAGCACGUCUAGAGCAGGGGCCCCACCUGCCAGUCUGCCCGCAUGGGGCCACCUCAGACUCGGCCCUCACCCUGCCCUGGUGUGCCCCCUCCCCUGGGCCACAGGAGCUCGGCUGAAGGACAGCCCCUCGCCUGACGGACCCCCCACAUCUGCUUCUCUGAAGUGCCCGGCCCGUCCGCAGGAGGCCCCUGCUCAGGUGGUUGCUCCACACCGCACUCAGGCCAACCUGGUCCCCACGGCCACUGCCCUGAGCUCCUCACACAGGACAACUGCCACCAGGCUGUCUGCGAGGCUUCCUAGGACUGGAGAAACCUAUGUGGAACAGUCUCGCCUCUGACUUGUGCCCGUGAGGGGUGAUGUCCCAGGCUACAUGUCAGCGCUCCCAGAGGCAGUACAGGAUGGCUCCCCAGGCCCACCAGCCGGGCAGCACACCCACAAUAAACUCAUGGUCCCCCGGGGGCCAAACAUCUCUGUUGCUGCGAACUUUGUGUUGGCCGCACACAGACGAGAACUCGGGCCUCAGCGUCUGAAGACCUCGCUGUCUCCGACCUGGCCUAGCCUGACGGAGAACUAACUGCUCACAGCCAGACUCGGGCCAGGCUCCAGGCUAGCGCCACCCUUGGGCCUGGGUCUCAUCAGGUGCAUCUCUGGCCAGCUUGGGCAGCGGCCUCCGCAGAACAAGGUGAGCGGAGUCGUGUUGCCCCAGUCCAAGCAGCCCAAGGGCCUGGGCGAAGGGAGACCCUGCUACCUGAGUGGAUCCCAGCCAGCACCCUCCCUGCAGCCCAUCCAUCAGCCUGGAGGCUUGAGCCAUGGCCAGUGUGGCCUGUGAACACCAGACCUGUCCCAUGCCUGCCGUACCUGUGGCCAUGACUGUCAGGAGAGGCCCGGGUCACUGCCUCGUUUGGACUCGUCCGGACUCCCUGGGCUGUUGGUGGCCUGCUGGCGGGGUGGUAGUGGCCUUGGGAACCUCCAGGGGCCGGGUCACACUGCUGGCUCCCUCUUGAGGACACCAGCCCGGGAGGCUGGCUGACCCUGUCCUCCCAAGUUCAGUCAAAGCACAAAGCCUUGAAGACUGGGCACUGCCCCGUGGAGGCUGCAGCACCACUGCCCAGGUAGCCACAGGCCCCAGUAAAAGCCCUCCGCUGCAGCCCUGAGGAGAGCCAGGAGACUGUGGGAGGCUUCUGUGGGUGGUGUCGAAUAAAGCGUGUCAGGCGAGUAUG